UCGCACCACACCACCCCAACCAGAGGAUAGGGAUUGAGGAGGGCCAUGUUCAACGCACUCAAGACCUUUGAUGCGUACCCCAAGACGCUUGAGGACUUUCGCGUCAAGACACUCUCUGGAGGUCUCGUCACCGUCAUUGCAGGCUCCUUCAUCUUCUUCCUCCUCGUCUCCGAGUUCGCCCUCUACCUCCAUGGCGAGACACGGGCAGAGCUAUAUGUUGACUCGUCCUUUGGGGAGAAGCUCCGUAUCAACCUCGACAUCACCUUCCAUGCCCUCCCUUGCUCAUAUCUCUCGCUGGAUGCUAUGGACAUUUCGGGUGAGCUGCAGCUGGAUCUAGAUCACACCAUUUCAAGAAACGGUUGGAUCUCGAGGGUAACGCCAUUUCGGGCUUUGAGAAGGACGAUCUGGCUCGGAACAAGCCCGGGCUGAGUCCCGAAGAGGCUGCUGAUGCUGCCGCCAAGGCCAAGGGAGCGUCCGAGCUGGAUCCGUCCCGCUGCGAGUCGUGCUACGGCGCGGAGUCGCGCCCGGGCCAGUGCUGUAACACCUGUGCCGAGGUCCGCGAGGCAUACCGCCUCAAGGGAUGGGCUUUCCAGCACCACGACGGCAUUGUGCAGUGCGUGCGUGAGGGCUGGGCCGACCAGCUCAAGGCCCAGGCAAAGGAGGGCUGCUCCGUCUCUGGGCAUCUGAUUGUCAACAAGGUGGCCGGCAACUUCCACAUUGCGCCUGGCAAGUCGUUCCAGCAGCAGCAUAUGCAUGUCCACGACCUGCAGCCGUUCCACAAGAACUUUUGGAACCUCUCGCACACCAUCGAGCAGCUCUCGUUCGGCAAGCCGUACCCGGGCAUCCGCAACCCGCUCGACGGUGCUGUCCAGUCCAACGAGAAGGCUGUCUCGGCCAUGUACCAGUAUUUUCUCAAGAUUGUCCCCACCACCUACACCCGCGCUGACGGCCUGGUCAUCUCCACCAACCAGUUCUCGGUCACCGAGCACCAGAAAGUCCUCGGCCUCGGCCGCAACAUCCACGGCCUCCCCGGCGUCUUCUUCAUGUACGACGUCUCGCCUAUGGUGGUCCGCCUCGCCGAGGACACCAAGUCGUUUGCCCACUUUCUGGUCGGCGUCUGUGCCAUCGUCGGUGGUGUCUUUACCGUUGCAGGCCUUGUCGACGCCUUUAUCUACAACGGCAUGCGUUCGCUCUCCAAGAAGCUUGAGCUCGGCAAGCACUCAUAGCUGCUGCCGCGCCACGUGUUAAAUGCAAACACGUCUUGU